AUUUCAGAUCAGUCUUGAAUUUUCCUCUACUUGGUCAAAUACAUCACUCGAUGGACGCUUCAGCGUAUAUCAAGACCACAAAGGUCGAGCGCAUCGUCCUCGAGACCAAUUCAUACGGACUGGGCACGGCGGCCGUCGCGUCUGCCGGGUCGUCCUCAUCAGGCUCGACUUCAUCGUCGUCAUCAGCAUCAUCAUCAUCGUCGUCGUCGUCGGCGGCGGUGGGGUCUGGUGGCUCGGCUGGAGGCGACAACCGAGGAACGAUCGGCACCCUGCAUGUCACGGCAGAGCACCUGCUCUUCUCAAGCAAGGAGCGCAAGGAGAUCUGGAUCUCCUACAUGCUGAUCGAGUCUGUCGAGAAACGAUCGCUCACUGCCAGAGGCACGCCGCUCCGCGUUCGGUGCAAAGACUUUCGCGAUUUUACCUUCAUCUUCCCUCGCGAGCGCGAGUGCUCGAACGUGCACGCGUCCAUCAUGCAGCUUGCGUUUCCGACGAGCGUCGAACAGCUCGCGGCCUUCACAUUCAAACCAGCAUUCAGUGCGGCAGGCAACGGCUGGGACUUUUACAGCCCCGUCGAAGAGUUUUCACGCAUGGGACUUCCAAACGAACGGUGGACGCUGACGACCGCGAACAUGGAUUAUUCGCUGUGCCCUACAUACUCUCGACAGCUCUUUGUGCCAGUUUCGGCAUCGGAUGAACUCUUGCAGGGAAGUGCCAAAUUCCGCAGCAAGGGUCGUCUGCCUGUGCUCAGUUACUUUCACCCGCCGACGCAUGCGACCAUUACGCGUUGCAGCCAGCCUUUGGUCGGUAUCAAGCAAAAGCGCUCGGCCGAAGACGAGCGCCUGGUCCAAGCCAUCUUUGAGGCCAACCCUUCCACGCGCAACCACUAUAUAGUUGAUGCACGUCCCAAAAAGAAUGCGUACGCGCAAAAGGCUGGCGGAAAAGGCUACGAGUCGCUCGAUUGCUAUCCGAACUGUCGCUAUCUCUUCAUGGACAUUGAGAACAUUCAUGUGAUGCGCGACAGUCUCAACAAGUUGAUUGAAGCCAUCCAGCCAAACACUGACAACUACCUUAGCACGCUCGAGUCCAGCGGGUGGAUCAAGCACAUCAAAGCGGUGAUGGACGCGUCCGUGUUUAUUGCCAACGCCAUUGUGAAUGAGGGCGCCAGCUGCGUGGUGCACUGCUCAGACGGUUGGGACCGCACGGCGCAGCUGAUUGCCCUCGCGGAAGUCAUGAUUGACCCGUAUUACCGCACACUGGAUGGCUUUCAAGUAGUGAUUGAAAAGGAAUGGCUGUGGUCUGGUCACAAGUUUGUCGAUCGCUGCGGAUUCCUGGAAAAGGGCAGUCGGGAGGUCUCUCCCGUGUUUGUGCAGUUCCUCGACACAAUAUGGCAACUACUGCGACAGUUCCCAGCGAGCUUUGAGUUCAACGAGCGGUAUCUUGUCACUCUGCAUGAGCUCGUCUUCUCGUGCCAGUACGGCACCUUCCUCGGCAACUGCGAGCAGGCGCGCAACGCGUCCAAUCUCUCUGCGCGAACCACAUCUGUCUGGUCGUACGUUGCGCAACAUCGGGACGAGUUUAUCAACCCGCUCUACGACGGAACUGGCAGCAACUCGGUCACCAUCAUUCGCGACACGGCCGAGGUCGCCCAAGAGAACACGCGGCGCCGUCGUGAAAUUCGCAUUGCAGCCAACCGAGUCACCGCUGCAGCAGCCGCCUCCGCUGUCGAAGAUGCGACGCCACUGCCGCCACCUGCUGCUGCCGCGCCCACGCCGACACAGGCCAACUCGUCGGGCAUUGAUGCCACGUCGGUUGAACGACCUGUGCCGGCCCGCAUCCCUGCCCACCAUUCAGUCCCUGAGGGCACUUCCACUCUGUCGUCUGCCGCCUUGGAAAGCGAUGAGAGCAGCAGCACCAGCUCCGGCGGAGGCGGUGGCGGCGGCAGCAGCUUGGGCGCCAGCACCAUGGAGUUUUUGUCAAACAUUUCCUCGCAGCUGUCCAGCCGAUUUGCAAACGGUUCGGGCGCCAACAUGCUUUCGUCGCCGAUGGUCGGUGAUGGGGACACUGGCUCUCCCGCCUCGUACACUCGCGAGUUUAUUCUCGGCGAUGAGGGCGAUGUCACGCGGCCCUACUCGCCAGCACCGGCUGCUUCAACUGCCACUGCUGCAGUGCCCCAGCGCAUCCAGUCUCCACUGGCGGCUUCCUCCAGCAACCUCCCAGCGCCCACACUUGCCGUGGUGGACAAGUCGUACCUGCUCCGGCCGUCGACUGCCCCGCAACGUCUCGCUGUUUGGACGACAUUGUACGGUCGCACGCUGAUUGAAGUCCAGGCCAAGGAGUCGCUCGAAGAUCGGAUUGGCUUGGUGGCCGACUCGCUGGAGCAGGCGCGCAGCCAAAGCGAUCGCAGCGCCCUCCGCUACUGGACUGCGCAUUAUGCCCUCGACUCGGAGCGCGCGCGCACGUUGGAUCGUUUGCUGCCCUACUGCAUUGCUGAAGCGGGCCCUGCCUGGGACGCGCAAAAGAGCGUGCAAUCGAGCUGGGGCAAGGCAUCCGCGGCCUACACGGCCCUCCUUGCCGAGUCGGUCCUGGACGACGUCAUGGCACAAAGCCUUGCCACGUCCGAGAAUAUUGCCGUGCUCGGCUCUCGGCAGCUCCUUGAAGCCACCCUUGCUCGCGCAGGUGGAGCCAUGAAACCUCCACCUGCAUGGCAAAAUGAUCGCCACGUUCGAGAGUGUACCAUCUGCCAGUCGCUAUUUGAUCCUAUUUCUCGAAAGCAUCACUGUCGGAACUGCGGCCAAGUCGUGUGCUUCCAAUGCGCCAACACGUACGUGGCCAUCCCGCACUUCUACCUUGAUCUACCGGUGCGUGUGUGCCGGACAUGCGCCAAGACGCUCAAGUAAAAGAAAUGUGUAGAGAUUGUUGCAUUCCUGGACUUCAAAAAAAAAAAAAAAAGCGCUAUUUUGCUCAAAGAAUGGUUUGACGAGUUUUUGUGCUGUAAUAGUCCAAAACUUAUUUCACGAAAAAUUGUGGAGGAUGGGGGUGAAAGCAAAAAAGAGAAUUCGAGCUGUCUCAAACCUCGACAACAAAUUACGAUCGCCCUCGGAA